AUGCUCAAGUUCUCCAUCUGUGCCAUUCUGGCGUCCUCUUUUGCCAUCGCAAAUCCAGUACCUGGCGGCGUUACCAAUCCACCAAUUCGUAAUGUUUAUACCUUCCCAAUCAACCAUUUCAUUGAGAAUAUCGCGAUCCGUUCGAACAGCAAGCUCCUUCUUACUUCACUAAGCGUUCCUUCGCUUUGGAGUAUUGACCCUACAGAAGCUACACCAACUGCACCUGUUAUCCAUACCUUCGCCAACGUCACUGGCCUUUCUGGUAUAACAGAAACAACACCAGAUGUUUUUGCUCUCAUCACUGGGACCUGGGAUCUCCCAACAACCCGAGCAGCUCUCGGAUCCUUGACGGUAUGGACUGUCAAUUUCAACUCGAAUCCACCGGUCAUCAAGAACGUGACCAGCAUUGUCAAUUCCACAAUCUUCAACGCAAUAACAACCGUUCCAGGGAAACCACACUUAAUUCUCGCUGCCGACUCAGCCAUUGGUGCUGUCUGGAAGGUCAAUCUCAUCACCCGCAGAUAUGAUAUCGCAUUCUCAGAUCCCCUAUUCCAACGCGUCAGCGACACUCCAGGAGAGAAUCUUGGAAUUAACGGCAUGCUCGCCAAAGGAAACUACCUCUACUUCGCCAACUCCGCCCAGAACAUCUACGGCCGCGUCAAGAUCAACGCAUUUGGCGACAAAAUCGGCGCUGCGGAAUUGAUCAGUACAGACCCGAUCGUGGGCGGCCACUACGAUGAUUUUGACCUCGAUGCUGGCAAGAAUGCGUGGAUUGCUACGCACCCGAAUCAUGUUGUUAAAGUGAGACCGGAUGGGAGUCAGAAGCUCUUGCAAAACACGACGCUUCUGAAGAAUCCAACGGCUGCGGAGUUUGGGAGGGGAAGUGCGAAGGAGAGACGGACGCUGUAUGUGACGAAUGGUGGGGAGUUUACUCCGACUUUUGAUCUGAUUAAUGGAGGGGUUGUGUCUUUUGAUACUGCGGGUUUUUGA